CGCCAAUUUUACCCAACAACAACAAAACGAGGAGGAAGAGGAAGACUUGUCGCCAUGGGUCUCUUGUCUAUGCUUCGUAAGUUCAAGUCUGCCCCUCAGAAGGAGGUGCGCAUGCUUGUUCUUGGACUCGACAACGCAGGAAAGACCACCAUCCUGAAGAAGCUUGCAGAUGAAGACCUGAAGAACAUCACCCCAACCCAAGGCUUCAACAUCAAGUCUGUGCAGUCGAGCGGAUUCAAGCUCAACAUGUGGGAUAUUGGCGGUCAGCGGCAAAUCAGGAAAUACUGGCACCAUUACUUUGACGACACCGACGUGCUGAUUUACGUCAUCGACUCGGCCGACCAGAAGCGCUUUGAGGAGACGGGCGACGAGUUGGCUGAGCUGCUUGAGGAGGCGAAGCUGCAGGGUGUGCCUGUUCUCAUCUUCGCAAACAAACAGGACCUGGCCACCGCCGCAAAGGCCUCAGAUAUUGCGACUGGGCUGAACCUGCACACGAUCCGGGACCGUGCGUGGCAGAUACAGCCGUGCAGCGCUCUCAACGGUGAAGGCGUCAAGGAUGGGCUCGACUGGGUGCUCAAGCACAUUGGGAAGAAGGGCAAGAAGAAGUAACUCGCCGCUUGUCCCUGAUGUUAUGAUGUACACGUGGUGGCGGUGGUUGUUGGUGUGGCUGAGGCAAUGCUUGUUGGGAAGUGUCUGCGUUGUCGUGAACGUGGAAGCUGUUGUUAUGGCACAAGGUUUUGGAUGGCGGUUGUGGCGGUUGCGUGAGAAUUUGUCACACUUGAUGUCACGGAAGUCGGGGUUCAUUCUUUGUCUGGCUGCUGUGUGUGUGCAGGUGUGUUCAUGUGUGUGUGUGUUAUGUGCGCGCGCGUGUGUGUGUGUGUGUGUUCAUGUGUGUGUGUGUUUGUGUUGCUUGACCCGACCAAGCGUGUUAACAAUGUGCCUUCAACCGUGAGAGUGGCUAUGCCCUUGCCUGCUCUCGUUUUCACAUACAAUGCAUUUAUGGCCAUUUGCGCUCCUCAACGGCA